AUGGCGUUGGGGAGCAGGUCUGACUACCAAGGAAGUUCUUACCUGGCGCUCGAUGAACCCAUGAACAACAUCACCACGUCUCUGGGGCAGACGGCAGAACUGCACUGCAGGGUCUCUGGGAACCCGCCUCCCUCCAUCCGCUGGUUCAAAAACGAUGCCCCUGUGGUCCAGGAGCCCCGGAGAAUCUCCUUCCGGGCGACCAGCUACGGCUCUCGACUGCGCAUCCGGAACCUCGACACCACUGACACCGGCUACUUCCAGUGUGUGGCCACCAACGGCAAGAAGGUGGUCUCUACCACCGGGGUCCUGUUCGUCAAGUUUGGCCCUCCUCCCACGGCAAGCCCAGGAUCCUCAGACGAGUUCGAGGAGGACGGGUUCUGCCAGCCAUACCGAGGGAUUGCGUGCGCACGCUUCAUUGGCAACCGCACUGUCUACAUGGAGUCCCUGCACAUGCAAGGAGAGAUCGAAAAUCAGAUCACAGCUGCCUUCACCAUGAUCGGCACCUCCAGCCACCUGUCUGACGAGUGUUCGCAGUUCGCCAUCCCUUCCCUGUGCCACUACGCCUUCCCCUACUGUGAUGACACCUCAGCCAUCCCGAAGCCCCGCGACCUGUGCCGAGACGAGUGUGAAAUCCUGGAGAACGUCCUGUGUCAGACGGAGUACAUCUUCGCAAGGUCCAAUCCCAUGAUCCUCAUGCGUCUGAAGCUGCCCAUCUGUGAGGACCUGCCCCAGCCGGAGAGCCCCGAGGCCGCACACUGCAUCCGCAUCGGCAUCCCCAUGGCGGAUCCCAUCAAUAAAAAUCACAGGUGCUACAACGGCACAGGCGCGGCCUACCGGGGCACUGUCAGUGUGACCAAGUCGGGGCGCCAGUGCCAGCCGUGGAACUCCCAGUACCCCCACACGCACACCUUCACCGCCCUGCGCUUCCCGGAGCUCAGCGGGGGCCACUCCUACUGCCGCAACCCGGGGAACCAGAAGGAGGCGCCCUGGUGCUUCACGCUGGACGAGAACCUCAAGGCUGACCUCUGUGACAUCCCGGCGUGCGACUCCAAAGAGUCCAAGGAGAAGAACAAGAUGGAAAUCCUGUACAUCCUGGUGCCCAGCGUGACCAUCCCCCUGGCCAUCGCCUUCCUCUUCUUCUUCAUCUGUGUCUGCCGCAAUAGCCAGAAGUCGUCCUCACCGCCGGUGCAGAGGCAGCCAAAACACGUGAGGGGCCAGAACGUGGAGAUGUCCAUGCUGAACGCGUACAAGCCCAAGAGCAAGGCGAAAGAGCUGCCGCUGUCUGCCGUGCGUUUCAUGGAGGAGCUGGGUGAGUGCGCCCUUGGGAAGAUCUACAAGGGCCACCUGUACCUCCCCGGCAUGGACCACGCCCAGCUGGUGGCCAUCAAGACCCUGAAGGACUGUAACAACCCGCAGCAGUGGACGGAGUUCCAGCAGGAGGCCUCGCUGCUGGCCGAGCUGCACCACCCGAACAUCGUGUGCCUGCUGGGCGCUGUCACGCAGGAGCAGCCCGUGUGCAUGCUCUUCGAGUACACGAACCAGGGCGACCUGCACGAGUUCCUCAUCAUGCGGUCCCCGCACUCGGACGUCGGCUGCAGCAGCGACGAGGACGGCACAGUGAGGUCCAGCCUGGACCACGGGGAUUUCCUGCACAUCGCCAUCCAGAUCGCCGCCGGCAUGGAGUACCUGGCCAGCCGCUUCUUUGUGCAUAAGGACCUGGCUGCUCGCAACGUCCUCCUCGGGGAGCAGCUGCACGUGAAAAUCUCAGACCUUGGGCUCUCCAGGGAGGUCUACUCCGCGGAUUACUACCGGGUGCAGAGCAAGUCCCUACUGCCCAUUCGCUGGAUGCCCCCCGAGGCCAUCGUGUAUGGCAAAUUCUCCUCUGAUUCCGACAUCUGGUCCUUUGGGGUUGUCUUAUGGGAGAUCUUCAGCUUUGGCCUGCAGCCCUACUACGGGUUCAGCAACCAGGAAGUGAUCGAGAUGGUACGCAAAGGGCAGCUCCUGCCGUGCUCCGAGGACUGCCCGCCCCGGAUGUACAGCCUCAUGACCGAGUGCUGGAACGAGAUCCCCUCCCGGAGACCAAGAUUCAAAGACAUCCACGUCCGCCUCCGGGCCUGGGAGGGGCUGUCCAGCCACACGAGCUCCACCACGCCCUCAGGGGGAAACGCCACCACGCAGACAACCUCCCUCAGCGCCAGCCCUGUGAGCAGUCUCAGCAAUCCCCGCUUUCCCAAUUACGUGUUCCCCGGCCAGGGCAUCCCCCAGGGCCAGAUCGCGGGCUUCCUCGGCCCUCCAAUACCUCAGAACCAGCACUUCAUCCCCAUCAACGGGUACCCGAUACCUCCUGGCUAUGCGGCCUUCCCGGCUGCCCACUACCAGCCGACAGGUCCCCCCAGGGUGAUCCAGCACUGCCCCCCUCCCAAGAGCCGGUCCCCUAGCAGUGCCAGUGGCUCCACCAGCACUGGCCACGUGACCAGCCUGCCCUCCUCGGGGUCAAAUCAGGAAGCCAACAUCCCCCUGCUGCCACACAUGUCUAUCCCCAGCCAUCCCGGUGGGAUGGGCAUCACGGUUUUUAGCAACAAAUCUCAAAAACCCUACAAAAUAGACUCCAAGCAACCGUCUCUGCUAGGAGACACCAACAUUCAUGGGCACAGCGAGUCAGUGAUUUCUGCAGAACUGUAAAGGUACGACCCUUGUAGCUGUGUGUGUGGAACAGACUAGGAAGCCGUAGAAGAGAGUUAUUUUCAAACGUUUCUAUUUAGGUUCUCAUUUAGCAGACACUGCAGCAAGUAUCUCCUGUGAAGCCUUAGCUGUGUCUCACGGAGCGGGAUGGACCAGCCAGGAACACAGCUCGUGGGGUCAGCGUCCCUCGGUGGGCAACGUGGCAGGGGGCUGGGACGUGCAGAUUCAAGUACUGAAGACCUCACACCCGCAAAGAGGAAGGAAACUCGAGAUCAAGCAUGACACCAAACAGGAAGGUCAGCGGUGCUGCAUCUCGGUGCCUUGCCGUGCCCGCCCUCUCCGUGAAGCGCACAGCCCGUGGCACCGUCUUCCUGCUGUCCCUUCUUCAGGACAAAUGUUCACAAGUGACACGGAUCGGCGUAGACUCUGUCAGACAGAAGCCAAGUUCAGGAGCAGUGAGGAAACAGUAAGCCAAGUGUGAAAUCGGGGAUGGAAAUGAGCCUGGUGCCAGUCCUGCCAGAGCCUCCUCCUCCGGCUGGCUGGCGGGGGGCCUCUUCCGGAACGCCCCUUCCCAUGGUGAAGGCUUUCCCACACUGCCCCUUGUCUCUGUGCGCUUACAAAAGCCCUUGAAAGGCAAGGGCCUAGAACACAAGCAAACACAGCUGGAGGAGGUGCCGGAAGUGACUGCUGACUGACUGUUCACAUCGAUGAGCUGCUCUUGAGGCGACAAAGGAGCAGUCAGGAAAACGGUCCCUCAGCCUAAAGGGGCAUCCCAAGACAGGAACUAGGGACCACAUGGAGGCAGCUCCACGGCGCUUCCCCCAGCAAUGAUACUGAUAGAUGGCAGUGCGGUGGUAGGUGGGGUGUGCAGCGGCAGUGACCAGUGUAGGGGUGUCAAGUGGUGCUGUCCCCAUCCCAGACAGCAGGAGCCCAGCUAGGGCACCAGUAACCAGCAACAGUCUCCUGCUUUUUUAAAUUCUGUGCUAGAAAUGUUCACAGAUUUUAUUCCAGCCCCAAGAAUCCUCACAAUUUACUCAUAGUUGGAAUCCAAAGACAGUGUACCCUAGUUUGCAGAACAUUACAGUAUUUCUACUGAGCAACACCUGUGUUCUUAAAGGCUAUCAAGAACUGAAUUCUUGAAUUCUUAGAGCCAGUAAACAAGCAACAUGACACUUUUCACCUUCCGAGAGGGAGGCCUCGAAUGUGCCUCUCCUGGCAUCUACCAUCCUUGGCCAAAUUUAGAACCCUUAUGGGUUUCAAGUUCUAUAUAGAAAGGAAUUUUAUAUUUGAUAUCUCUCUUGUUAAAAAAAAAAAAAACUCCUUUAUUGUAAGAACAAUGUCUCCUGGUCUCCUUUUUAUUUUAAAGCUGUAAGAGACGUAAAGAGACAGUGAAAAGUACUUCCUGGAUAUGUCUCGUGAGCAUGGUGCAAGAGAACUGGAAACACCUUCAUGUUCCCAUUUUUUAAAAAUACCAUUGACACCAGAAGAGUAGGCAGUCUGUUUACCAAAAUCUGGCACAGCUUUCCCAAGCCUGAGUGCAGCCAGCAAACGUGAAGUCACACGUGCUGCGGACUCGGGAGGGUCGGCUGCAUUCGGCUUUCCUGGGAGUCAAACGCAGACGUGUUUUUGUGGCAUAAAUAAGCUGAUUCAGGCUCAGGCGUUGUAUUUCUUAACUUUAGGUAAAGGAGAAUAUUUGAAUCCUGUCGUUGCUAUGCAACUGCUUAAUGAUGAAGCUUCAAACCACAAUUUUAUCAUAUGACAAUCAAUUGUUUUCCAAGAAUAUUUAUUAUUUUAAGUAAACACAUCUUCAGUGAAUCUGAGUUUUUCUUAGGAGUCCCUUAAAGGGAAAUUAGCAUUCCGUGAGCCAGUAAAAUACUUCUCUGGAAAAACAUUCUCAUGGUUAAAAAUUAAAUUCAAGUUAGUUUUUUAUAAAGAAUUAUAGCAUUUAUUUUUUAAACAGUAUGGAAUAACUGAGGUCAUUAAGGUGAGCAAGCUAAAUUUCGGAACCACUCGGAGUAACGUAUUUCCUGCCAGCACUGUGACACUGCAGGACACGGUCCCCUUUGUACUAAAUAAUAUUUUUUUCACAGACUGAAAAAAUAUCUUUUGCUUUGUUGACAAUGUUUUGUAAGAUGACUUUAUUUUUCAGAUUUUUUUCUCUUUGCACAAAACUAUGUUUAUGGUUUGUAUCACAGAAGUGAAAAUAUAUCUCUGCAUUUUUA